UCAGCAUAACCGGAUACCUUUCCCCUUCUGCAUAAUCGGAUACCUUCCCCUUCCGUGGUCCAACUGCUCCAGCAUCAAGCUCUCCCCUGUCCCCACCGCCUCGCGUCGCGUCCGCCCUCCUUGACGGCGCCGUUAACCUUCCAGCCUUCCACCUCCGGCCAUGUCCAAGUACGGCACCAUCCCCUCCUCCUCCGCCCCGCCGCCCGAAGGCUCCUCCCCGCUCGACUUCAUCUCCCGCGCCAAGGCCCGCGGCGCGUCGGCGCUGGCCACGCGGCGUCCCUGGCGCGAGCUCGCGGACCCGCGCGCGCUCUCCGUCCCGCGGGGGUUCACCGACGCCUACCGCCGCGCGCGCGCCAACCUCGCGCACUUCGCCUCGAACUACGCCAUCCUCGUCCUCGGCGUCAUCUUCCUCUCCCUGCUCUGGCACCCCGUCUCCCUGCUCGUCUUCCUCGCCUGCAUGGUCGCCUGGCUGUUCCUCUACUUCCUCCGCGACGGGCCGCUCGUCCUCUUCGGCCGCGCCUUCGGGGAAGGCGUGGUCCUUGCGGUCCUCUCCGCUAUCACGCUCGUCCUGCUGCUGCUCACCGGCGCCACGGCCAACAUCAUCACGUCCCUGCUCGUCGGUCUCCUCUUCGUCCUGCUCCACGCUGUGCUGCACCGCGCCGCCGACAGCGUCGACGAGGAGGCUGGACGCUGGUAGACGACCGUGCUGCCCUCCACCUACUGCUCGUCUUCUUGCUUCUUGCUGCCCAAAUCUCCCCAUCCACGGGACGCCAUCCGUCAACCAGCCCCAUCUCCACCACACCCUACCCGCCCCCGACGAAGAAGCAGAGCAGCGAGCGCGGCCAACGCUAACGGCACACCAGUAGC